AUGUGGAAAACAGAGCUAGUGUUUGUCCCUUUCCCCAGGAUUGGCCACGUUGUUUCAAUGGUGGAGUAUCCUCAGUAUGCAAAAGCUGCACUUUGUCAAGCUUGUUAUGGAUCAUUACGCCUUGCAAGAACCUUGGAACAGAAAGCUGCAGAACUUCUGGAAGCUAUACCAAAACCCUUUCUUUCGCUACAUCUUCGAUUUGAACCUGACAUGGUAGCAUAUAGCCAAUGUGAGUACUCAGGCCUUUCUCCUGCCUCCAUAGAAGCCAUUGAAGCUGCAAGGGGAGACAGAAAACCAUGGACUGGGGAGUUGGCUCGUGUUUGGAGAAAACGAGGGAAGUGUCCCUUCACACCUAACGAGACAGCCUUCGUUUUGCAGGCACUUUCCAUCCCUACAAACACAAACAUGUAUCUUGCAGCUGGGGAUGGCCUGGUGGAAAUUGAAGGUUUAAAACCCACUUACACCAAUGUGGUCACCAAAUCUGCACUUCUCAGGGGCGAGGAUCUCCUAAAUAUGCAUGGGAACACUAGAGCUGCUUUGGAUUAUUAUGUAUUAAUCAACAGUGAUUCGUACGUGGCCACUUUUUUCAGGAACAUGGAUAAGAUGGUUGCUGCGAUGCGAGCUUAUGAGGGGUUGCAUAAUACCCUAUUCCUAGGCCGGAGAGCUUAUGUAGAGAUGACUUCUAAGGGCUUGGAUGGGAAGGAGUUGUUGCAAGCCUUAUGGGUGGCUCAUAAAGAAGAUUUUUCCAUGGGAAGAGGGUCUGCUCUGCCUGACUGCUUCUGUGAAACUGUGAUUUCCUUGUAUUUCCUUUUGUACAUGAUUUGA